AUGAUCUCGCUGGCGCAUGUCAAGUCGAGCCAGGCCGAGGCCGAGAAGGCCGUGCUCGCCCGCAGGAUAGCCUGGCCCGGCGGCAAGCUUGUCUCCAACAAGGAAGAGGCCCUGCGCAAGUUCUUGGAGCGGAAGAAGGCAAUCGCCGAAGGGCGGUCGACGUCAUCGUCCGCGUCGGCAAGCCCAUCCAAGGCGUCGUCCCACGAAACGACAUUCCACGUCAAUGGUCGCAAGCGCACCGUAGGACACAAGGUGCAGCCGCAUGGCCCGUCCAAGGCGCUGCACACGAAGAAGCGCGACUACAAGCACACGAAGAAGGACACGACAACGUUCAAGACCACCAACUUCAAGGCCGCCGCCUCCUCGAAAGGAAAGGCGCCCGCAAAGCCGCUGCCGACUGUGAGCAAGCUCUCCAUGUCCCUCGACGACAUUGUGCGCAAGUCGAGCAAGUGA